AUGGUCGGCUUCGAGGUCUCCACCCAAGAUUACAAAAAGCUCAAAAAGCUUCCCGCGGCCCAGCGGCGCGCCAAGAUCGCGAAAUGGGCCAUCGGCGGCGCCGCCGGCGUCGCCGUCGUCGCCGGGGUGACGCUGGCCCUCACGUUCGGCAGCCUCGCCAGCAGCGUCGCCAACACGCCCGUCGGGGACGCGAUGACAUCGGUUGGGGGUGCUGACAUGGACUCGAUGAUGCAGCUGUUCAACAACGGCGGGGGCGACUGCUGCGGCGGGGACUGCCCCGCGGAGUGCCACGGCUGCGCGGUGUGCUGA